GUAGGUAGUAGAAAUUUAAAUACUUAAUUACAUUCUUGAAUUCCUUGAUAAAUUACAGCAACAAUUAGAGGAGCACCUUUGAUCUUUAGAAGUAGGUAACGUAUGUGUAUCGGAAACCCCAAGUCAUUAAAUAUAAAUAAAUAUUUGGGGAUAAUCUUACACAGAUCGACCUUGCCCCACACUAAGCAAAGCUUGUAUUAUGGAUCCUUGGCGACUAUAUACGUACGUGUAAAUACAUACUUAUAUACAUAGAGAACACCCAUGACUCAGGAAAAAAUAUCUGUGUCCAUCUCCAUCACACAUAAAUGCCCUUACCGGGCUUCGCCCCGUAGUCCGGAGACCAUCGGCUUCAUAGGCAGGGUCACUAUUACACCCAUAAUAGAGUACAAAUACGUUAUGAUCAGCUACCUUCAAGCACUUUAGAUAAAAAGGUGUGUUUUGAAGUAUGACGUAAGAAAGUAGUCCCAUUUUAAGUUAAGUAGUCGAACUCGGUUAUAAAAUCCGACAAUGCACUUUCACAUUACGUAAGCAUGCAUCGACCGCCCUUGGCCGCCAUAUAGGCCGUAAAACGUCGAGGUGGGAGAAAGGCUAUCCCUUAGAAAGCCUAUCACUUCUAUCUCAUCCUCAUUUACGUAUAGUGCUGUCUGGCUUAUAGUAGUAGCAGUUUUUUGUUACAUUUUAUUUUCGAGCAACUAACAUUUUAUGUGACAUUUGGCGAAAUGUGUAAAAUUCAGGUGUUGUUGGCAUGUUUGGUGGUCUGCUCGGUCCAGGCCGCCGUCCUAGACCCAGCCCUGUACCUGUCUCCGAGUCCCCCGCUGACGGGCGAGCCGAGAGCCCUAACUCUGUGGUCUGGGGUGCAGGCUGAAUCGACGGAGUCUGUUCCGGCUGAAGAACAGCAUUCAGAGUCAGGUGAGCUUGAAGAACCACAAGCACGAACAUUCUGGUCAUCCCAGCCACCAUACGGGGUCAGAGGCAUCCACAUCCCUCUCACCUUCAGCCUGACUGGAACCUACGGAACCAAUGCUGCCCCCACUGGAAUCAUCGGGAGCUCAUACAGAACUGGCAUAUCUGGUGUGAUAGGGAGUGGCUACGCCAGUGUAUCAGAAGAUCUACCCUUCGGAAAGUCGGGUCUGGCUGGCAGCAGCUACGGUUUGUACAGGUCUGGGCCAGGGACUAGGAUCUAUGGUGGGAGUGGAGGGGCCGCUUGGAGUGGGUGGGGCAAUGGGAAGUGGGGGCAUUAUGGUAAGGGAUAAGGAAUAAAUAUUGUGAGGAAAUUAAGUUGUGUUUAUUUUUAAGUAAUUACUACACUUUUCAUCAGGUCCGUACUAUAGGUAAGAGUAACAGAAGGCUUAAGUGCGCGGUUGUUUUACGCGGUAAACGCGGCGUCACGCGGUGCGUUUGCCGCACACCCAUUUUAAAUUAGAUAAUCUAACGACCGUAUAUUUUUUUACGAGGUAAAGGCAACGGUCAGCGUAUUGUCAUUUUCCCUACAUUCAGUAAUAGCAUGCAUUCAAAACUAUUACCUAUUUAUUCUGUGGUUCAAUGCUGCGUUUAUCGCAUAGUACGUUUCUUUUAGUUUAUAUGUAUUUAACAGCGUGGGGCAAAUGUAUUAAUGUCCGUGACAAGCAAGUAGGUAACUAAUGAGUUGUGAUACCUACGUGAGUACCUAAACAGAAGACCGAUAGCAGUUUUAACGAUGAACUUCCCAUGAUUUCUACAUUUGCUGAUUGUUGUCUGUUAAUAUUAGUCACCGUCCAUACAUUAUUGACUUUAACAUAAAUAACAAGAGAAUUGAGA